AUGAGCAAAGUGAUUGAAAAUUAUGUUCUACAAGAUGUGAUAGGAAGCGGGCAAUAUGGUAAAGUGUAUAGGGCUAAAAAUAUGAAAAAUGAUCAGAUUGUUGCAAUCAAAGUGGUCAAAUUGGAAAAAUUUAGAGAGGUCCCCAAAUUACAUGAAUUCACUAUUAAUGAGAUACAAACUCUAUCAAAAAUAGAUAAUCAAAAUAUAGUUAAAUUUAUUGAAAUGCUUAAAACUCAAAAUAAUAUGUACUUGAUUUAUGACUUUUGCAAUGGUGAUACAUUAGAAGCAUUAUUGUAAAAGAGAAAAUUCUUAACAGAACCAGAAACUAUGAAGAUAUUUGCUUAAAUUCUUAAUGCCUUCAGAUCUUUGGUGCGUGAAAAUAUACUCCAUCGAGAUUUAAAACCAUCCAAUAUCCUGUUUCACGAUUAAAUUGUGAAAGUAGCCGAUUUUGGUUUUUGCAAAAGCUUACUUCAUAACAAUGACCUGACCCAAACCAUGGUUGGUUCACCAAUCUAUAUGGCUCCAGAAGUAUUAAAAGGGUGUUCUUAUAAUUGCAAAGCAGAUGUUUGGUCUUUGGGAGUUGUCCUCUAUGAGUGUUUAUUUGGAUUUUGUCCUUUUGAAGAUAAAUCUAUAGCUAGAUUGAUUAUGCAAAUUGACAACAAAGAGAUCACAUUCCCUAAGCAUGUGAAUCAACUCUCAAGAAAAUGUGAAGAACUUAUUCGUUCAAUGUUGCAAGUUGAUCCUCGUAAAAGAGUAGACUGGCAACAAUUAAUGCAAAUCACCUUUUAUGAAGAACCAAGUGUAGCGAAAUAAAUCACUUGCAGCGCCAAUACUAAUCCAAUUUAGAAUUUACCUUAAAUGCUCAAAAAAUAAGCAUCAACUAACCAAGUACUAUAGGAUAGAACCAACAUGACAAACAAUCAACCUUAAUAACAACAACAGUAAGACUUUUAGAACUUGAGAGUGCUUUUGAGAGAGAGGAGCAAAAUUAUAUUCUUAGCCUAAAUGGUAUCAUUCUUAUUAGAAUAAAAUACUGUUUCUGCUGUUUAACUUCAUGGUAGCUUGUCGUUCUCACAAAAGACAGCUAUCAUUGCUUAUUUUCUGAUGAAAUUAGCAUAGAAUUAGACUGAAGUAAUUAAAAAACAACUAGACUAAGAUCACAGAAGGGAAAGUAGAUGGGAGGAAUUCUAAGGUAGCAACGAGUAUAAAUAAUUCAAUUCUACUUUUCAAAGAGAAAGCGAAUAAUUAUUGAUGAAUAUUGAAUCAUUUAAAAAUGAAGCAUAAAAAGUGAUUAGACAUAUGCAACAGAAUGAUUUAACAACGUAAAUUAGAAAUGAAUUGAUGUCUCCAUAGUUUAAUAAUUUGAAACUUUACACCUCUUUAUUAAUUAGUUACAUUGAGGAAAGUAGAGAAAGAUAAGUAAAUUUAACUGAGGAUUUACAAUAAAAGCUUUUGGUUGGACUUAUUGACUUAUUAGAAACUAGUUAACUCAACGAAUUUUUCGAUAAAAAUUUAAGUGAUGUCAAUAUUAGAUUUAAUGAUCAGAGAUAUUUUGAAUAAAUGAGAAAAAUGCCGAAGGAAACACUAACAGAUAUCCUCAAUCAAAGAUUAGUUAAUGCAAAGAUCAAAUGUGCUAAAUGA